AUGUUCCGCCCCGCGGAGGCAGAGGGUACUAUUGUUUUGAGUGAAGUGACUGGCGAAAAUGAUUGUUCGGUGGUAGUAGUAGUGGCGGAAAUUACAAUUAUGAUUAUAAUUGUAAUUAUGAUUAUAAUUGUAAUUAUGAUGGUAGUUAUGGCAAUGGGAGCAAUUACGUGGACUAAUAGCAGUGCUGCAGAUGCCGGAAGGGCUGCUGCUGCCUCCGCCGCCGAGCUACGGAAUGCAGAGUCAUGA